AUGACUGUGACUGUGGAUGUGGGUAUGACUGUGACUGUGACUGUGGGUAUGAUCUGGACUGUGACUGACUGUGACUACGACUGUGACUGUGUGACUGUGACUGGGUGUAACUGUGAUUCUGACUGUGACUGGGACUGUGACUAUGAAUGUAACUGUGGGUUUGACUGUGACUGUGGCCGUUACUGUGACUGGGAUUGUGACUGGCUGGGUGUGACUGACUGCCUCCACCUUACACCCGACUGCUCCACCUUACACCAGGCUGCCUCCACCUUACACCAGGGCUGCCUCCACCUACACCAGGGCUGCCUCCACCUUACACCAGGCCUCCACCUACACCCAGGACUGCUCACCUACACCAGGACUGCCUCCACCUACACCAGGGCUGCCUCCACCUUACACCAGACUGCCCACCUUACACCAGGGCUGCCUCCACCUACACCAGGGAUGCCUCCCACCCACCAGGCUGCCUCCACCUACACCAGGACUGCCUCCACUCUACACCAGGCUGCCUCCACCUUACACCAGGACUGCCUCCACCUUACACCAGGGCUGUCUCCACCUUACACCAGGGCUGCCUCCACCUUACACCAGGGCUGCCUCCACCUUACACCAGGACUGCCUCCACCUUACACCAGGGCUGCUUCCACCUUACACCAGAUUACAGUAACCUUAAUACUACACGUGAGGAAAACACGCCUGGUACUAGUUGGGCUUUUUUCUGGUUCAGAGAGUGACAAUCAGCUACAGGUGGAGGCUAGAGUUUGUCAGGCUAGAUUACACCAUCGAUGGCCGUUUAGCUGUUGGGUAGCGAUUAUCGGUGUUGCUGCUGUGGUCCUUCCGGGUUGGUCUUGUAGAGGCAGUGAGAGUCAGGCCGGGGAGCCACUGUAUCAUCCUGCACCAGGGGUCUCUCAGUCAGGCCAGGGAGCUACACUAUCAUCCUACACCAGGGGUCUCUCAGUUAGGCCGGGAAGCUACACUAUCAUCCUGCACCAGGGGUCUCUCAGUCAGGCCGGGGAGCUACACUACCAUCCUGCACAAGGGGUCUCUCAGUUAGGCCGGGAAGCUACACUAUCAUCCUGCACCAGGAGUCUCUCAGUUAGGCCGGGAAGCUACACUAUCAUCCUGCACCAGGGGUCUCUCAGUCAGGCCGGGGAGCUACACUACCAUCCUGCACCAGGGGUCUCUCAGUUAGGCCCGGAGCUACACUCAUCAUCCUCAGGGGCAUCCUCAGGAGCUACACUAUCAUCCUGCACCAGGGGUCUCAGUCAGGCCAGGAGCACUCAUCAUCCUGCACCUCCAGGGUCUCUCAGUCAGGGAUGCUACACUAUCAUCCUGCACCAGGGGUCUCUCAGUCAGGCCAGGAGCUACACUAUCAUCCACACCAGGGGUCUCUCAGUCAGGGGAGAACACUAUCAUCCUACACCAGGGGUCUCUCAGUCAGCCAGGGAGCACACUAUCAUCCUCACACCAGGGUCUCAGUCAGGCCAGGAGCUACACAUCAUCCCACACCAGGGUCUCUCAUCAGGCCGGGAGCCACACCAUCAUCCCACACCAGGGUCUCUCAGUCCAGACCGGGGAGCUACACUAUCAUCCCACACCAGGGGUCUCUCAGUCAGGCCCAGGAGCUACACUAUCAUCCCCACCAGGGUCUCUCAGUCAGCCAGGAGCACACUAUCAUCCCACACCAGGGGUCUCUCAGUCAGGCCAGGGAGCUACACUAUCAUCCUACACCAGGGGUCCUCCCAGGCCGGGAGCUACACUAUCAUCCCACACCAGGGUCUCUCAGUCAGGCCGGGGAGCUGCUUAUCAUCCUGCGCCAGGGGUCUCUCAGUCAGACCGGGGAGCUACACUAUCAUCCUGCACCAGGGGUCUCUCAGUCAGGCCAGAGCUAAUAUCCACACCAGGGGUCUCUCAGUCAGGCCAGGAGCUACACUAUCAUCCUGCGCCAGGGGUCUCAGUCAGGCCGGGGAGCUACACUUUCAUCCCACACCAGGGGUCUCUCAGUCAGGCCGGGGACACCAUCAUCCCACACCAGGGGUCUCUCAGUCAGGCCGGGAGCUAUCAUCCUGCGCCAGGGUCUCUGGUAUCAUCCUGCACCAGGGGUCUCUCAGUCAGGCCAGGGAAGCUACACUAUCAUCCUGCACCAGGGGUCUCUCAGUCAGGCCAUGGAGCUUCACUAUCAUCCUGCACCAGGGGUCUCUCAGUCAGGUCGGGGAGCUACACUAUCAUCCUACACCAGGGGUCUCUCAGUCAGGCCGGGGAGCUACACUAUUAUCCUACACCAGGGGUCUCUCAGUCAGGCCGGGGAGCUACACUAUUAUCCUACACCAGGGGUCUCUCAGUCAGGCCGGGGAACUACACUAUCAUCCUACACCAGGGGUCUCUCAGUCAGGCCAGGGAGCUACACUAUCAUCCUACACCAGGGGUCUCUGA